AACCGUGAGCCCUGGGGCGUGUGGGGGGGCAACGCAGAGGGGAAGUGGGGAAGGUGAAGGGAAGGCAGAAGGACAGGGGCAAGGGCCCUGGGAACAGACGGGCCUCCCAGCUCAAGACAUCCACCUUGCCUCUGCUCUGCUCUCUGCCACUGCCCUGCCCCAUUACCUAGGACUCCCGCCCACCCCCACCCCCUACCUUUCUCCCUCCCCUCCCCAGCCCGUGGCUGCCUGACCUGGCCAGCUUUCCUCUGGAUUCCAGCCUCUGGUCAUUGGUUCCUCCCCUCUCCCUCCAGGCCUCUGUCCCUGUCCCUCUUCUCCUCCACCCUCCACCUUGCAGAACCGCUCUUUUGUCAGGCUGUCUCUCCCUCCUUCUUGACCUCUUCCCUUUGGAGGGCUCCUCCCGGCCCAGACCUAAGGGGAGAUGGGGGAAGCCCAGUUCCUGUUCUUGGUGCUUCUGCCCUUGCUGUGGGUGGCUCCAGUGGAGGCACCAGGGCCCCGGACAGAGGUCCGGGAGGUGUGGGCCCAGGAGGGGGCUCCUGCCCAGCUCCCUUGCAGUUCAACAAUCCCCCUCGAGGAUCUCAGCCUUCGAAUAGGAGGGGUUACCUGGCAGCAUCUACCAGACAGCCCGCCCCCAGCCCGGAGCAGCCCCUACACGGUGCUCAGGCUGGCGCCCGGGGGCCUGCGCAGCGGGCGGCCGCCCCUGCAGCCCCGCGUGCAGCUGGAAGAGCGGGGCCUCCGGCGCGGCGACUUCUCGCUUUGGCUGCGCCCGGCCCGACGCGCGGACGCGGGCCAGUACCGCGCCGCCGUGAACCUCCGGGACCGGGACCGCGCCCUCACCUGCCGCCUCCAUCUGCGCGUGGGCCAGGCCUCCAUGACCGCCAGUCCCCAGGGGCCUCUCAGGACCUCGGAUUGGGUCGUCCUGAACUGCUCUUUCAGCCGCCCUGACUUCCCGGCCUCUGUGCGGUGGUUCCGGGGCCCAGGCAGGGUCCCUGUUCAGAAGUCUCCCCAUCACCACUUAGAUGGGAGCUUCCUCUUCCUGCCCAAAGUCAGCCCCAUAGACUCUGGGCUCUGGGGCUGCAUCCUCACCUACAGAGAUGGCUUCAGUGUCUCCAGCACCUACAACCUCACUGUUCUGGAUCUGGAGCCUCCAGUCCCUCUGACAGUGUACGCAGGAGCAGGUUCCCGGGUGGAGCUGCCCUGCCCUCUGCCUCCUGGUGUAGGCACCGGGUCUUUUCUCACUGCCAAGUGGGCCCCUCCUGGGGGAGGCCCUGACCUGCUGGUGACUGGAGACAAUGGCAACUUUACCCUUCAACUGGAGGCUGUGAGCCAGGCCCAGGCUGGGACCUAUACCUGCCGCGUCCAUCUGCAGGGGCAGCAGCUCAUUUCCACCGUCACUUUGGCAGUCAUCACAGUGACUCCCAAAUCCUCCGGGUUACCUGGCAACCUGAGAAAACUUCUUUGUGAGGUGACACCGGCAUCUGGACAGGAGCGCUUUGUGUGGCGCCCCCGGGACAAGUCUUCGCGGAGUUCCCCAGGACCCGUGCUGGAGGUGCAGGAGGCCAGCCUCCUCUCCCAGCCCUGGCAGUGCCAUCUGUACCAGGGGGAGAGGCUUCUCGGAACAGCGGUCUACUUCACGGAGCUGCCUGGCCCAGGUGCCCAGCGCUCCGAGAGAGCCCCAGGAGCCCUGAAGACAGGCCACCUCCCUCUCCUUAUCGCCCUCGGUGUCCUCCUCCUGCUCCUUUUGGCGGCUGGAGCCUUUGGCUUUCACCUUUGGAGAAGACCGUGGCGGCCAAGAAGAUUCUCUGCUUUAGAGCAUGGGAUUCACCCACCUCAGGCUCAGAGCAAGAUAGGGGACCUGGAGCAAGAACCAGAGCCAGAGCUGGAGCCACAGCCACAGCCACAGCCACAGCCACAGCCACAGCCACAGCAGCCCUGACCUGGAGCUGAGGCAGCCAGUGGAUCUCCAUAGCUCAGUACAAAUAAACUCCCAUCAGCAGCAAGCCUGAGUCUGGC